AAAGUCAUCGUUUUUCAUCUUUUGUCUAUUAGUGUGAAGAGACUCAUCUCCCGUGGGUUCUUCAUCGUGUUCUACUUCUUCGUCAUACUCGUAGUUAUUGUCAGGUAUCACCCCGCCUAUUUGAUGCUUUUUGCCUUCAGGUUCAUCAUAAUUAGCUUUCGAAUUCCCUCUAGUUGGUUUUGGCAUAAAGUAUGUACCAUGGGCUGUGUUAAAAGUUGGUGUCCUUGGUGAUUGGAUCAUUGCAGAUUCUUGCUCUUGCGCACCGUUAAAUGUACUGUUUCCAUCGUGUAGUCUAUUAUUGAAGCUCUCCAACCCAAGUGUGAUGCCUCUUUCAAAAAUGAAAUCAAUGGCAAAAGUUAAAGUUUUGGGAUCAAGCUGAUGCUCGGCAGCAUGUUUACGUUCUUCUUUCUCAACAUUUUCUUCGGCAGAUGGGAAAACACUGCCAAUUGCGAAUGGUCUUCGCUUUGAUUUCAGUUUUUCAACAUGCUCAUUAUGUUUUUUCACCUUGAGCUGUUCUUUUGUUGGACUGUCUUGUUUUUUCUCUUUGUCAUUCUUAUCCUUUGUAGACUUGUGGGAGUGCUUCUCACUUGACAUUUUGGACAGAAAUAAUGAAGAAGAUCAUUUAAUCCAAAACUAGGGUGUGGGUUAUUUAAGGUACAGUGGCUCGUGCACACUGCGUAUGCAACUGGAGCGCUACUGAGGUCUGAUAGAAAGCAGAUAUUGAAUUUUUGACAUGCUUUUGUUAUUUUCUCGUUUAUUUAUUGUUUUAAUAAACAAAUGCUCAAAAACUGAUGACAAUUACGACAUUCUAGUUGCUUGACAGCCGGAGAUCGACAACUGCGUGUUUCAGAUACUCGAUAAUCUUCAUAUAAACCAUAUUUGUAUACAAAAAAUCAUCUGAACUCGGCUUUAUAUAGUGGAACUCAUUAUUCUUGCUCAACAUAUUUCGGUUAUGGGGUGAUAUCGUCGUCAUUCAUUCACGUACGUCUGAUAGUCUGAUGCAUAUGCUAUGCUAACAAUAAUAAAUUUCAUUUAUAAUAUUAGCUAUGUGCUGCUAUAACGUAAAUGCAAGAAGCAUUACAUAUCGAGCUGUCAUAUGUUGCGAUGUCAGGCUUGAUAACACGUAUACACUAUAAAAUACAUUGUAACAUCCUCAAUUGAGCUAUAUCUCUCGUCAUUUGCUCCUCUGAUUUUGACAGUCAACAUCAAAGAAGUAGCAGCAUGGGCACACCCAACGCACAGCUACUAGGAUCAAAAAUUGUAUUUGUUGGAAAUCUGCCAUACGAUAUCAAUGAGGAGGAAGUUGUUAGGAUAUUCUCAGAGGUUGGCCCUGUGAAAGAUUUCCGUAUGAAUUUCGACAAGCACACUGGAAAGCCAAAAGGUUACGGCUUUGUUGAAUAUUAUGAUGGUGACACAGCCGCAUCUGCAGUCAGAAAUUUACACGAUAACCCAGUCGGUGGUCGGCCAUUACGUGUUGAUCUUGCUCCGGAUGAUCCAAAGCAUGUGAAGCAGAAGGAGAGAGAGAAACAUCACAAUAAUAUGAGCUCAGGGAAUUACGCUCCGCUUCCACCACCACCAACAGCUGCUAGAAUGGGUAUAGAUAUGGCUCCAGGUCAGUCAGCAACUGAUAGCAUCAGCCAAACACUUGCAAGUUUACCACCAAAUCAACUACUUGAUAUUUUGUCACAAAUGAGGGCUUCAGUCCAUACAGAGUCAAACUCUGUUAGACAGCUCCUCAAUCAGAAUCCUCAAUUGUCUUAUGCUCUCUUUCAAGCUAUGCUCAUGAUGAAUUUAUGUGAUAACACCGUUUUGCAGGUGCAGCUUACUUAUAAUCUACAGAGACUAAUGCCUAAUCAACAAGCACCACAAAUGAUGAACCCUACACCACCACCAAUGAUGAGUACACCUGCCAUGUAUCAGCAACCACCACAACCACCAAUGUACCCAAGAACUCACACCCCAACAUAUGCACAACCUCCUCCAGCGCAAGAUCCAAUUCAGGCGAAGGUACAAGCUCUUCCACUAGAUCAACAAGCUAUGGUCAUGCAAGUCUUAUCAUUCACUCCUCAACAGAUAGAUGCAUUACCUCCAGAUCAAAGAAUGUCUAUUGUCGCUCUGCGUCAACAAUUCGGUGUUAUGUAG